CCAACAGAGCAGAACCGGAGAGGAAAAGCCCACUCGGAGGCCCGUUUUUCUCUUUGCCCUAAUCCGCAUAUUAUGCUCCCUCCCCCUCCCCCUCCCCCUCUCCCUCUCCCUCUCCCAUUUCUCAAGUCUCAACCUCUUCUUCGCUGAUUGAUUUCACUCCUGAGUAACGCUCUCACAGACCUGGUCGCCGCUUCUCCUCUCCUCCCCUCCAUUCAUCGUCUCUCUUCAAAAGAUUUUUGCAACUUCCUAUUUCAUUUCUUAAUCGAUGGAUAUGAUGGAAAUAAAUAGUAAAAGGUAUGAGCAGCAGCGCAAGACAAUGGCGGCAGCAGCAAAGAACGAGCGCCGGAAGGUUUUGGCAUUUCCGUGAAACGAUUUCAAAGAAAAAGAGUAGAGCGGGCCGCGGUUAAACCUUUGUUUUAGUACCGGCAUUGGCCACCGCCGAAUCCUCUCCGACAACAGAAAAACAGCCGCCGCCGGGCGGUCAUGGGUUGAUAUUGAAAGGCGUUAGGGCCGCUUUCUAACAUUGGAUGCCGGUCUAGACUUCACCCAACAUCGUUCCGAAUCUCUUCCGGCGCCUGUUCUCUUCGCUGCCGCCAUUCUCACUGCCUGCUGCUUUGAUCAAAUCCUUCGUUCUGAUCCAUCCGCGCGACUUCCUUUUUCUUUCUUUAAUUUUCUGAUCAAUGUGGGUUCUAGUAAGCGCAAGCCUAGUCUAGUAGUCUAGUUGAAUUUGUUUGUCGAUUUCAUUCAGAUCCGCGUAUUCAGCUCUCGCCGGAGAAGGAGAAGAAGGAGAUGUCGUCGGCGCUCUUCAUCGCCGUUGCGUGUUACCAGUGCUCUACUGUGCAGGUGAAGCAGCAGAAGAAGAGCAGCAACAAGUGGACUUGCGUGGUGUGCAACGAGAAGCAAUCGGUGAGGAAAGUGUUCUUCCAGAGCUACAUGGCCAAGGACGUGCGCCAGUUCGUUCAGUCGCGCAACAUGGCCCGCAAAAUCGCCGACGAACAGGCGUCUUCUCUGGAGCGUGGAGAAUUGAUUCAGGAGCAGCCAUUAACAAUGGUUCCAGCUUCUUCUUUUUGUAUCAGGGCCGAGAGCAAGAGGCGAUAUGAUUGGAGCGAAUACCUAGAUCCAGCAGAGGAUGAAACAGAGGAGACUGUGGAAGGAGAAGUUGAGGUGAUCACUGAGAUGCCGCCUAAGAGGGCCAAGUUUAGGGAUGGCGAAAGACUGCCUAAUCAGAUGAAACAGACCAACAAAGAGCAAGUGAAGGAGUCUCGGGGAGCAUCAUUGAAGUAUGAGGCGAGCAAGUUAGCUGAUCCUAACAGAAGGAAUGCGACCAACUUGCUAUGCAACAAGGAGGAAACAAUGAUGCGCCAGUUAUCAACAACAGCAGCAACAACUGCAAAGGCAACGAAGUGGGAUGAUUACUUAACCAACGAUGAAGAUGAAUGGUAGAAACACAAACAACUUUGAUAUAUUGCCUCGAUUAAGCAUGCUGGUGAACGGAAAUAGGCAAUGCUCGAGUAUUAGUUUCUUCUGUUCAAACUAUGACUGGUGUUGCUUAGUAACUGUGAUAGUAGUAAAUCGAAUCGUCUGGGAUACGUGGUAGCAUCUUGUAAAGUUUAGAUAUCCAUUUUCUGUGAUCUCGGAAUUGAACGGGUAUUGGUUAAAGAAACAGAAGAAUGGUGGCGCGGGUGGUGGUCGAUUCAAUUCCUUUGUGUUACAAAUUUGUGAUCAGAUCACCGUCUCUUCCGUUGCUUAAGUUUAUGUUUGUUUAGGAGCUUCCUAGUUGGGAGCGGGAUAGAAGAUACCAGUGGAGAGAGUUUGGGUAGCACUUGACUAGUAGAAAGAUGGCAGUUACCAAAGGCCAGAGGGAUGGGGGGAAUUUUGUGAAGCUUUGCUUGCUGACGGACUUGGCAUUCCACAUUUCUUUGCAUUGAUCUUUUUCGGUCCAAGAUGUUGGGGGUCUUGCGUUACCUGUUGACAGAAAUACUUGCGUGAAAUAUUGUAGACUACCCAAAAGAAACUUCCCACUACUGCUGAUGUGUUUGUUCAUAACAUGUGUCGUAGGUUUUAAAUGUGCAGUUCGUCGUACAUGUCAUGCGUCGCAAUAAGGAUUUCUAUACAUU